UUUGGUAAUGUUAAUACUUUUAACUUGUCGUGUGUUUUAAUUAAUUACAAUUACAUUUCAUUCUUAUAAUCAGAUUUACAAUAAUUAGCUGGUCAUCAGUUUGACGUUGAUAACUUAAUGUUUUCUCCCCUUUUUCUCUUUCACUCUCAUAUGUGUUUCUUUGAUCUUUUCUCUGUUUGUUUCCAUGUAAAUAUUUCUUUCCAUUUUGGAUUCUAAUUUGUUAAUCAUCUCAAUCACUGAUUGGUGGUUUAGAAUAUUUUGCUUUUUUUGUGUUUAACUUAUAUAUAUUCAUAUAAAUAUAUAUAUAAACUCUCUUCUCUCUGUUAUCAUGACUGAGUUUAUUGCUGAUACCGAAGAGGAAGUUCGUGAAGGUUUAGCCUCUGGUAAAGUUGAAAAAUUGGAUGGUUUUGAUUAUCAUGCUGGUCGUCAUUGGAUUUAUCCAAUUAACCGAGAUAUUCGUGAUUAUCAGUACAGUAUUGUUCACCAGUCUUUAUUCAACAAUACACUUGUCGUAUUACCAACUGGCCUUGGUAAGACUUUAAUUGCCGCUGUUGUUAUGUACAAUCUAUAUCUUUGGUAUCCAAGGUGUAAGAUUGUCUUUAUGGCUCCAACUCGACCUCUUGUUAAGCAACAAAUGGAAGCAUGUUUUGAUAUUGUUGGAAUACCUCGAGAAGAUAUUGUUGAAUUAACAGGUCACACUUCACCAUGUAAACGACAAGAAGAAUGGCUAACCAAAAGAUUGUUUUUCUUAACCCCUCAGGUUAUGCAGAAUGAUUUAUUUCUCAAUGAUUAUUGUCCAGCUGAGCAAAUUAAAUGUAUCGUUGUUGAUGAGGCUCAUAAAGCCACCGGUGGAUAUGCUUAUACCCGAGUUAUUGAAGAGGUUUACAAAAGGAAUACUCAAUUUAGGGUUCUCGCUUUAUCGGCUACUCCAGGAAAAGAUUUGGUUCACAUUAAACAAGUUCUUAAAAAUUUACUCAUCUCAAAGAUUGAAUAUCGUUCAGAGGAAUCACUUGAUGUUCAAAAGUAUACACAUAAUCGUCGUGUUGAAACAAUUGUCGUUCAAUUAGACGAAGAGCUUACAUAUUAUCGUGAUCGUUUACUUUCAAUUAUUGAAGAAAAUUUGAAAACUUUGGUUAAACGUAAAGCCAUCGGAAGUUAUGAUCUAAAUCGUUUAUCAUCAUAUUACCUGUUGAUGCAAAAGAAAACCUAUGAGGCUGGUCAACAUGAUAUUCCAGUUGGUCUAUUGAAUUCAGUUCGUUUCACUUUCGCAAUAACUUCCAGUCUUGUCUAUGCUCUCGAUUUACUUAAAAAUUAUGGACUGAGAUCUUUUUACAACCAUGUAAAAGGUACUAGAACUGAAGAAAGUCCCAAAGGCGGAGGUAAAAAAGGUUUCAAUUUAGGUAAUAUCUUGAAGAAAAAUACUGUUCUCCAAGAGAUAUUAGAUGAUUUGAAGAAGAAAUUUGAACCUGAUGGUAAUGUUACUUUCAAUGGUGAGCUCGAAUGUGAUACUGUCCAUUCUGUACCUGGACAUCCAAAGCUGGUCAAACUUCAAGAAAUUGUACUGAAUCAUUUUGCCACCGAAGGAUCUGAUACAAAGGUUAUGGUUUUCACCCAAUUCCGUGCUAGUGUAGAAGAGAUCACAUCUCUGUUGAGGCAACAUUCACAACUAAGACCAGUCCAGUUCGUGGGUCAAAGCAGCGCCAAGAAACGAGGUUUCUCUCAGAAACAACAAUUGGAGGUACUAAGUCGUUUUCGCGAAGGUGAAUACAAUAUAUUAGUCGCUACUUGUGUAGCCGAGGAAGGACUUGACAUCGGUAAUGUGGAUCUUAUCAUUUGCUAUGAUGCAAAUAAAUCACCUAUUCGUUUGGUCCAACGUAUGGGUCGAACUGGAAGAGCUCGUGAAGGUAAAAUAAUAGUUCUCACUACAGCGGGUAAAGAAGAGGGAGCUCAUAAUGACAGUAUUUAUAAUAGAAAACGAGUAGCAACCAAUUUACUCAGUGGAAUAAAACAAGAAGAUCUUUUCAAAGAAAAUGUUAGACUUUAUCCUAAGGGACUUAAACCAAUUUGUCGCAAAUUAUACCUUGGGGUGAGACAAGAAAAAGAUAAAGGAAGCGAUGAUAAUGAUCGAAGCCUGGACGAAACGGAAGAGACGGAAAACACCAACAUAAAUACAGCGUCACCAGUGAAAGAAAAAAGUACAAGUUGCACCAAAAAACGUCUCAGCUCAACGAAAGAAAGUACAACCAAAAAAAGAAACUCUGCAGUCAAAAGAUCAUCUUCCGGUGGAAGUACAGCUAAAAAACGUAAAAAUCGAUUCAUAUUUCAAACUGAUGAAGAGAUAGAUGAAAAUCAAGAAAAAGAACAAGAAAAAGACCAAAUUAAAGAUCCAGUAGAAGACCAAGAGAAAGUUGUAGAUGAGGAAGGAGAUAAAGACAAAGAUAAACAUGGAGAUGAAAACGAUGAAGAAAACGGCUUAGAAAUGAUGGAUAUAAUGGGAAUAAUAAAUGAUAAUGAUGAUGAAGAUGAUAAGGAUGAUAAGGAUGAUGAUAAGUCGGAAAAAGAGGAGAAAAAUUCAUAUGAACAAGAAGAUGAAGACGAAGAUGAACCGAUUCCAUGUAAGAAAAGUAAAUGGUCAGAAUAUAUCUCUGACGAUUCGCUCGAUUAUCCCGUUUCAUUCAACUAGAUUAUCUGAAUCUAACAAAUCGUAAAUUGUUGAUAACAGUCAACAAAAUGUUGUCAAAAGUGUAAAAUACAAUUAAUUCGUAUCAUCAUCAUGUUAAUUUUUCUUGAUUGUCAAUAUUUAUUACAAAUUUUCAAAUUAAAACUCAUUAAAUAAAAAAAAAUUCAAUUCUCUUGAUAAUUUAAUGUAAUAAAUUGUUCAUUUUUCCAUCAUUGUUACAA